AUGGAACUCGGCGUCUCUGCCGCCUCGCAAUCCCUAACUCUGCUCUCCUGCACGCAAUUUCCAUCCGCGCUCUCAUCGCCGAACUCAAUCCGGAGAGAGUUCCUCGCUUGCGGCCACAACCUCCGCCCUAUCGACGGCCUGCUCCGCUCCCGGGAGGCCAAAUGCCGGAAGGUCAGGUUAUGGAAAGGCCGGCCUCCUCACCAUUUGUGA